AUAACAAAAGAUAAUAUUUAAAAAUCCAUAAAACAAUGCAUUUAUCAUGACAAUCAUUAUAAACAGGAUUCAGGUCAGGUAUUUCACUCAAUCUCGUACACAUAUGCGUGCAAGAGCGAGAUAUAACUAUAGAUAUAUUAACGUCGACUGCGUGGACUCACAGCCAAUACAUACCAAAAAAAACCGAGGUAGGAUCUAUUUAGAAAUCUGUGUAGUGAAUACGUAUUAGAUAUUUAACAAAUAAAUAAAACAAUCAUUAUGUAUAGUCUAAUAGACAAAGUGGCUAUCGUAACCGGAGGUGCAAAUGGUAUAGGCGCGCAAAUUGUUCAAGGAUUCGUGAAGGAACGAAUAAAGUAUGUUGCCAUCCUUGACAUCGACGAAGCAUCUGGCGUUACAUUAAAAAAUAAACUAAACACAGAAUACGGUAGCGACGUAGCUGGUUUCUUUAAAUGCAAUAUCACUGUGGACGAAGAACUAUUCAUCACAUAUGAUGAAAUAUUUAAAAAAUUCGGAGUUAUUGAUAUUGUGGUUAACAAUGCAGGUGUUGCUUCAGAAAAAAUGGAUACGUACAAAAAUGAAAUUGCUAUUAACUUUACUGCAUCUGUGUCUUCAACAUUGAAAGCUUUAGAGUUAAUGCGCGUUGACCGUGGAGGUGCAGGUGGAACUAUCAUUAAUGUGUCGUCUAUCGCCGCUUUGACCUUAAUGUCGCCAAGUCUCUUUGUGUAUGGUGCUACCAAAAGUGCUAUACUACAUCUCAGCGUCUGUAUGGGAAAAGAAGACUAUUACCGCCAUACCAAAGUACGAGUACUGGCGAUAUGUUUCGGAGGAACAGAGACGGCUUUGGUACACAAAACAGAAGGUCUUGAUGAUAUAGUCAAUGAAAGCAUGCAUAAACUUGUAGACUCAUUGAUACAACAAUCUUUUUUACAAACGGCUAAUGCAGCGGCGAGAGGUGUAGUCGAAGCAUACCAAACUAGUGCGAGCGGAAAUGUAUGGCUCGUAGACAAUGACAACGCCGUGAAUAUUACUGACAGAAUAUAUGGAGCAUACAAAAUAUUGUCUGACGGUGUUCACAUUUGAUAAUAUUUAGUUACAAAACUAUGCUACUAUUAUUUCUGCUACAAUAACUGGGAGUACUAUUAAAAUUGUAGUAUGUAUAAUCAAAUAAAGGUAAAAAAGGUUGAGGGAGAAUUUUAAUUUAAAGAAUAAAUUCAGU